CAUACCUCAUACCCUAACUUCUGCAAAUUUUCGCGGCAAUACCAUUCUUCAAAGAAAGUGCUGGGGGCAGCUGUCAUCGAACCUAAAAAUGAUCCGCCAGUCCCAUUUCCUAAGAAACGUAAAAAAGCAACAGAACGGGAUCUAGUGCUGGAAGUUCUAAGUACGGUUCCAAGCCAAAGAGAAGCUCGAUCAUUCAUUAAGCGUUUCACGAUGCCUCUCAAUGACCCAACACCCUAUUCGAAUAUCAGUAAACCUUCUACCACACCAACCCCUUCCCAACCAGAACGGCAAGAAUCCUCAAUUCAACAAAAAGCACAAUUCGUUGAUUCCUUGUUUGCUUCACGAUUUGAACAUGUGGCCCUUAUCAAGAUCCAAGGACCAUUCACCAUUUUAGAUUUAAGAUCUGUGGCCAAAACAUUGGUUCACCUGCAAAAAUUGGGAUUGAUGUCCAUCGCCGUUAUAGAUAACGAGGAAUGGAAGGAGAUGCUGAAUGAAGGCCCAUCAUGUUUUAGUGAAUUACGAGAACGGAUGAUGGGAGAUGUAGCUAAUAUCUGUGAAGCGAUCGAAAAUGUAGACGGAAGAGCUGUGCCUAUUUAUAGUGGAGUAUUCACUCUUAAGAAUGGCCCCCAGAAGGGUAACAAGAAACCGCAGGUCUCAAGUCAUGCACCGAUGGCCGACGUCGGGACACAAAUCGACGUUUCAGUGAGUUGGCUUAAAUCGUGCCUUAAGCUGGGUCAAAUCCCUCUCAUACUUCCCAUAGCUCUUGAUGGAUUAUCAAUACAAAGAACGAUUUCUGCAAACGCCGGAAUGAUAGAACUAUCACGCACAUUAUCCGAUAUAUCCAACGCCAACUUGUUGAACUUGAAAACACCGCAGACUGAGCCCAUGAAGAUCGUUGUCAUCAAUUCAGAGGGUGGGGUACCGUCUGAAGAACGUCGAGGUUCACACGUUUUUAUAAACAUUCAACAGGAAUAUGAGGAUAUCAAACAAAGUUACAAGUCCAACCCUCAAUGGGGGAUUACACAUCCCACAGGCCUUGAAAACUUCGAAAUGAUUAAGACUUGUUUGGAAAAACUUCCAUCCACCUCAUCAGCCAUCAUGGUUCCAGCCUGUUCUCCUACCGGAUUAAUAUCAAAUCUUAUCACAGACAAACCAUUGUUCUCAUCUUCUUUGCCGCUAACCGCACCAACCACUCGUUCGACCUCCACUACGGUCAUACGAUAUGGUACCCCGGUGCUUUUUCAUAACUCAUUGGAUACCGUCAACAUCUCAGCCUUACGUUCCCUGAUUGAGAGAUC